AUGGAUAAUGUGGAGCAGGAUGGGGAUCCAGGGUUGGCAGAAUGUGCCGAGAUGUGGCCUGAGCUCACUGUGAGGGCCAAUGACAGGUUGCUGGGCUUCUGCUUUCAUCCACCUCUGAUGCAUGGACCAGAGACCUUCCAGGGCCACUUGGGCAGGAGUUCCCAGAUCACCUUUUAUGAGGAUCGCCAUUUUCAAGGCCGCUGCUACGAAUGCAGCGGCGACUGUGCUGACCUGCAGGCCUACUUCAGCCGCUGUAACUCCGUGCGGGUGGACAGCGGCUCCUGGGUCCUGUAUGAGCAGCCCAGCUAUAAAGGCUGCCAGUACUUCUUGAAGCGUGGCGAGUACUCGGACUACCGCCAAUGGAUGGGCACAAGUGAUUCCAUCCGCUCCUGCCGCCUGGUACCCAGGCACGAAGGCUCUUUCCGUAUGAGGAUUUAUGAGAGGGAGAACUGUGCAGGCCAGAUGAUGGAGUUCACCGAGGACUGCCCCUCUGUCCACGACCACUUCCACCAGAGGGACGUCCUGUCUUGUAACGUCCUGGAUGGUUACUGGGUCCUUUACGAGCAGCCCAACUACCAGGGCCGGCAGUACUUCCUGCGGCCUGGCGAGUACCGGCGGCACAGUGAAUGGGGGGCUGGCACUGCGGUCCUGGGCUCCUUCCGGCGGGCCACAGACACCAGUUAGAUGCCUGCUCAACUCCACGCUUUCCAAACUCAAUAAAAGUAUUUAUGGCUGA